UUAAUUAUCACAUUCUUCCUUACAGAAGCUCUACCUUAUAUUUUUCUACCUUGACAGUGAAUCAUAAGCAAUAUCUAAAAAAUCAAUUAUCGCACGACGGAAAAAAGGAAGUUGAUAGAAUUAAAAAUAAAUUCAAAGAAUCACAAGAAAUUGUGAUUAAAUAAUCCCAAUUUAUAAUCGAAUAGAGAAACUAUAAGAUAAUAUACGGCACUUGAGUGACGUUCAGGAUCGACACAGCAGGGAAGCCGCCAUGGAGUCGAAGCUUGUGAUGUCUUUGCUUGUGGUGACGACGCACAUCCUGUGUGCCAGAGGGCAACCAGCUGGAGGUGGGGAGCUGGGGGGCUUAUUUUUCUUCAUGCCAGAACCCGAAGCACAAGAAGCAGAGCCAAUUUUUUCAGAAGCUCUUCCUGAACCUUUCCUCGAGGGUUGGUAUGACGAUGCAACAGAUAUCUUCACAGUUCUCGACCCUUCAGACCACGCCAUAUCCAAACGGUCUCUACUACCGAGUCUGCGACAGCAUCGUCGACUCUUCUCAGCUCAAGCCAAGCGCUCUUUGAGGUCGUCGGCGACAUUUACUGAAGAAGAUUCCCACGAAAAUAAGAAGCGGGCACUCAGUAUUUUCAUGGCCAUGCCGGGCAUGGAAGAAACGGUACCUGAACCACCGGCGAAAUUCAGUUCGUCUUCCUCACGGUCGCCCAAACUCCGACCUUACGGCAUGCCCUUGCGGUGGGGCUAGAAUAAACUCCCAUGCUUGUAAUAGAACAAAUCUGAUGAGGUUUAAUUAUUAUCAAUAUGAUUUAGAAUAUGAUGAUUAUUAUAAUAGCAGAGGCGUCGUUGUUCUGUAACAUGAUGAAUAUAGAAUGAAUUUGCUAUUGUUGAUAGUUUUUAGAAGCUUUAAGAGAUAAAGAGGAUUAGAAAUGGAAAUACAUGAAGAAGGGAAUGGGAAUUUAUGCAGUAAAUAUUAUCUUUGUAAUUGUGUUAUUCACCUUAUGAAACAUUGUCGUGUUCUUGUUCACUUUUGUUACCUUAUUAACAAAAACGUUUUUAGCAUGUAUUAACUGACUAAAAAUAGUUAACAUUUUGUUAA